AACCCCUGCCCCCUCUCCCCUGCCCCUGCCGGAGAUGAUGCAUCCUCUCUGGGCUGCGCUGGCCCUCUCCUGCCUGCAGCUUUGCCCAGCUGCCCAGAUCAAGCCUCAGAUCGCCAGUUUGGCAUUUGCCACGAACAACCCUACCCUCACGACGAUCGCCCUGGAGAAACCCUUCUGCAUGUUCGACGGCGCCGGCCCUGCCCAACUGCCCUCCGAGAUCUACCUCUAUGUCAUGAUGGACUCUGCGGACGCCCACCCGGUGCUGGACAACGGGAGCCGUCCUCUCCGGACGACAUUCCAGCAGGCCGCGGGUGGCCGCCGGGGCCCCUACUGGGCCGCGACCUUCAGCGUUCCCCGGUGCGAGGACCUCCCCCGGCUGUGGGACGCCGGGGACCCUGCCAGGGCCCCCCAGAUUCUGGACGCCUACCUCUUCCGCGUCGGCGGCGACACCGCCUGUAUGUGGGACCCCGACUUCAGCGGGGCGUGCAACCCGCCCCUGGCCGGGGAGACCGGGUACAGGUUCAAAUAUGUGUUGGUGAACACAACAAGUGGCUCGGUUGUGGAUCAGUCCCUCUGGUCCGACCCCAUCAGGACAAAGCGCACCCUGUCGUGGUCGCGCGUGGACACCUGGCCAGGGAGGAGGAGCGGGAGCAUGAUAGUCAUCACGUCCAUCCUGAGCUCCCUGAUGUUCGUCCUGCUGGUCGGCCUGGCUGCCGCCGUCACCUGCCGUGUCCUGGGCUCGGACGGUUCAGAGGUGGAGACAAGGCACGUGUCUCAAGUGAGCCAGGAGGCGGCUCCUGGAGCCUCUUACUCAUCUGCGAGUCGAGGGGUGGCACCGGAGAGGGCCGAGGCCUACGUCGGCAACCUCCCCGGCUGACGCGCAAGGAGGGACGGGGACUCCUCUCCGGCAGCCGAGGAGACGGUUCGCGGGUCGCUCACCGGAAGUUGAAGUGACUCGGGUCGUUGACUCUUUAUGGGCCCAUCACUGAGAGUUAUCGAGCACCUACUGAGAACCAAGCACUGUCCUAAGCGCUCGGGGGAAUACCACGGCUGGUUCUGUCAUCUCCGGGAGAUCACCCUCUAAUGGUGUAUACUCCCAAGCGCUUAGUUCAGUGCACGCCGCUCAGUAAAUAGCAUUAUUAACUGACACUCCCCCGCCAUCUUAGCGUCACCAAAGAUGACGGGGGAUCAGAGGAUAACUUGAGAUCUUCGGGGAUAACAACGGGCGGGGUGAGCCUGAAACGUUCUCGAUCAAUCAAUCAAUGUAAUUUAUUGAGCACUUAUUGUGUGCAGAGCACUGGACUAAGCACUU